AUGCAUCUCGAAGAGCCCUUCCCAGAGCCGCCCCAGCAGGCCGAAUCCGCUUUACUCAAUCGCCGUCGCCGUCGCAAGUCGCUCCCUCUGCGCGGCCACGGCCCUAAUUCCUCGACAGAUCCAACGUCGCCCGAAGUCAUCUCGUCACUGAUCUCAUCCCUAUCCGCGAUCUCGGUACCCCUGAACUCGCAUUUCGACAACGUGCCGCGCAUCGACUCGAAAGAUUCCUCCGACCCUGGCCUGCCGGAUGUUCCGCAAACUGCACCGUGCUUCACCAUCCCCCCUUCCAAGCAGAAUGGAUUUGGAAUGAACUUUGGUUCCUACGCAACCACCGAAGAUCCCCCGCAUAGUCUCUUGCAUCCAGAUGAUGCCGCCUCGUCGCCCGUUAUUCGCAUGGCCAGAGCGCCCCCAUCUCCCAAAUCGCCAAAAUCCCCCCGCUCUCCGAGAUUCAAACCAUUCAAAGCAGCAGAUUCAAUUGUUCGGCCAGAAUCAAGAGAUUCCUACACAUCUUUAAAGGCCGCACCGGAAGAAUCCGUAUUCGGGACCAUUAGCGCAGAGCCCGCCCCUCGUCUCUCGAAGGCUCCUAGCAUUGCGUCGAACAGUUCCGCCGGACGAACGAAGAGUUUGAAAGGUCAUUUUGGCUUGUUGAAAAAGUCAUCGCGCGAGUUCAACAACGAUAAGGAAACGAAGGCUGAUCGCCUGCGUCGGACCACCAGCCAUAGCGAUAGUUUGUGGCACAACACUCCACGGAGUCGAGCCAGUUUGCGCUCCAUGUACUCCAUGGCGGAUGUCGCCGAGGAAAAUGGGCCGAGUGGACUGGCGGAGAAUGGCGUGAAAGAGGAACUAAGUGAGGGCUUAAACACCCCCGACGCGCACCAUACCCCUGGUGGUAUUGGAAGCGGUCGAAUUAUUCCCACGCGGGACUCUUCUCUGCGUCACCGACACAGCCAGUCUUCCGGCUCGAAGAAGCGGAGGUCUGCUCGUCACAGCCGAUACUCGUCAACUGCCAGCCGGGAUUCCACCCUUGCAGAGAAUGGACUGCCGGGAUCGAGCAACGACGCGGAGCAGGUGACUCGGAGGAUCCAAGAGCUGAAAGACCAGCAACAGAAGAUCAAAAGUGAGCUGGAAGUUGAUGAUAGCCCCAGCAAGUCUACAACGACCACACCUGUCAAACCGUCGAAGCCAUCACGCAGCACCAGCCAAGUGGAUCAGAGCCGCCUCUCCAAACCGCAGAACGGCUCUGUCUAUGAUCGUUCGGCCAUGAAUGAAAGUGCUCCGUCGCCAUCAGUCAUGACUGGCAAGAGCCGUGCCGGAAGGCCGGGUCAACCAUUGUCUUCCAAGCCUACCAACUUCUCUCCCCAGAUGCAAAGACAGUCGUCUGACAAACUCGAGCAUGAGAAAAACGGUUACAGACGGUCCUUGGAGCCCACCUCUCCCACCCUGUCCCAUCGCCGAACGCCAUCUGGUCCUACACUGGUCGGCCGUCACUCACUUAAUAAUGAGAGACCAUCCAGUGCAGAUUCGAUCGACCUGGCUGUGGACGAUUAUAUCUUCUCUCCGAAACUCACCCAGAAAGUACCCCACCCAACUACGGGCCGCACCAUCGCAUUUUCUGAGGUGGGCGAUCCCAAGGGUCACGUUGUUCUUUGCUGUCUCGGCAUGGGACUCACCCGGUAUCUCAUGGCAUUCUAUGAUGAGCUUGCCCGGACGCUGAACCUGCGCUUGGUAACCCUCGACCGUCCCGGGGUUGGUGAAAGUGGGCCACAUCAACUGGAUGAACCCAGCACUCCUCUCAGUUGGCCAGAUGAUGUUGCCAUUGUGUGUAACUAUCUACGGGUGACUAAAUUCUCCAUCCUGGCUCACUCGGCCGGUGCCAUCUACGCUCUGGCCACGGCCUUGCGAAUCCCUCAGCACAUCCGCGGGCGCAUCCAUCUCCUUGCUCCCUGGAUCCCUCCGUCCCAACUUUCCAGCAUCGGCUCCCAGAAAGAGCCCGUGCCCACCAAUGCCGUCCCUUACUCUCAAAGAAUCCUCCGUGCUCUUCCCACGUCUCUUCUCAAAGUGGCCAACACCAGCUUCAUGAGUGCUACUAGUGCUAGCAUCACUACUAGCCUACCCAAGUCUCCACGACGAGCGAAGAAGAAGACCACCAAAGAAGCCCCCAAGGAAGAGGCCCCUGCCCUACCAGCCGCCACUUCGAGCAUUGAGCCAAAAUCUCCCCUGCCCGUGGAACCCUCCAAACCAUCGAAUGUCACCCAUGCAGCGUACAGAAAAAGUGAUGCGACUCUCGGAUCACGUGCCAAGUCUCCAGAGGAAGAGGUGGAAAGACAGCGGGACUAUGACACCAGACUCACUCACAAGAUUUGGGCGCUGGCCACCGCCAAUGCCAACCCUGCGGUUGACCUUUUGAUAUGCUUGGAACGUCGCCAGACCAUCGGAUUCCGCUACGUGGAUAUCACACGAGCUACUGUGAUCCACCAUGGUAGCAAGGACACUCGCGUGCCGGUCGAAAAUGUCCAAUGGCUGGGCAAGACAAUGCGGCGCUGCGAGGUGCGAAUCCUCGAGGGCGAAGGCCACGGUCUUAUGGCCUCUGCGAGCGUGAUGGGCAAUGUCCUGACCGAGAUUGCCAAGGAGUGGGAAGACUGGACGACCAUCGUCCAGGGUCGUCGUCGGGCGACUGCUCAACAGGCUACACGACCGAGUCUUUCCCUCCAAGCCUGA